AUGGGAGGUCGCAAGGGUGUUGCCAAGUCAAAGGCGGCUCCGAAAGUGAAGAGCUUGCCGGAUGCGCCAAUGGCGAGCACAGAUUGCAUCAACGCUGAAGUGAUGGCUCGGCUGGCUGUGCAUGAUGCGCACAUCAAAGAUGCCUUUGACGACCUCCUCACCACAUCUCCAACCAAUGAGUCAGGCUUCCCAGCUUACAAGGAAAUCGAUGCGGUGGCUGCGCUGACCGCUCACCGUCCAUAUGUGUGCGCGUGUCCUCUCUACUGGCUGAAUUUGGCCUUUGAAUUCCAGCCGAACCUUCCGAAGUAUCAAAAGCGGCUGGACAACUUAGAGGCGCACUUCUUUGAGGAGCCGAAGAACUUGACAGAACCCAUUGUGGUUUACCUCAAUCCUGGCGAGCUCCCGCACAAGAUGGUCGGAUCAUUGCGCGCCUUUGAUGCAUCAGAGAUGAGAGAUGCACUGCGCCAAGCGGUGACGUCUUUGAUGCGCAUUUACGAGAUCAUGGAUUUUAAGAAGCAGCUCGAGUUGACCACAGAUGUGAAGCAGAACAAGACAUCCUUGCACGCUCAUUACAAAGGAGUCAAGAUGGCCCAGAGCUCGGAGGAGGUUUCCAUCGCCUUCAUUGAGGUGGCGAACAUGCUGUACCACAACAUGCUCAACAGCCCAAGGAUUCAGCAACUAUGCUUUCAGCUAGAUCAGAACGCAGUGAACCCGUUGGACUCAAUCCACAAAUUGCGUGAGAUCGCUGUACAAUGCGAGAAAAAAGAGCCGCUCAUGUACUGGACACUGAGCAUGAUCAGUGACUGGUGGUGCCAGACUGAUGGUACAGACCCAGUGCCCAUCCGUUCCCUGAGAGAAACCAGCAGUAUGGAGUCAGUGAGUUUGAUCAGGAUGAUGCUGUUCAAAAGACAGAUGAAAGAGAAGAUGUUGCGAAUGAUGGACACUGACUUCCCAUUGUGGGAUGCGGCUGUGAAGAGCGACAUCCGGGCAGCUGUCGAAACUGUGCAGUCUUGCCGCAGCAAGCUGGGUGUCUACGAUGCAAACCAGGAAAGUGGCGAUGCUGGCAAAGUUCCCGAGCCAUUGACUGAGCGUGGGUCGUGGCCUGAAUCAGCAGAUCGAUUCCUGCUUGCUUUUGAAGCGCUCAUCUAUGGAUAUUCCCUGGAUGAAAUCAUCACCUCUCAGAUGAAACAGCGUCGUAGCGUUGAGGAUGUCCUGGACCAGAAAGCGAUCAAGCCAUUCAUUGAAAAGCCAAAGCAACUCUAUGAGAAAGAGACGAAGCCCCCAGGAGAGGUUGAGGAAGAGGCGGCGAAGGGGGAUGACGCUGAAAACCCCGAGGUGGUUGCUGAGGAGCUUGCGGUGACCACAAACCAAUCUCAGGCCGAGUCGCUCUUGAAGCAGAUUUCGGGUGGAGGGAUGGAUGCUUCUGAGGAGCUUGUCACCACCCUCAAAGCCGGCCUUCGAGUGGCAGAGCGCCGAGUGUCUAGCCACAUCACCCUGGUUGUUGAUUGGAACACUGAUGACAAAGAUGAUUUGGAAUCUCAGAUCAAAGCCCUGAAUGCUGUAAAGGUGCGGGGCGACGAAGAGGAGGCCAAAUCCUAUGUUGCCAUUGUGUUCGACAGCAAGACCGUUUGCGAGAGUGGCAGUCAGGCCAAGUACAGAUUGCCACCGACGCGAGCUGGCCAGAUUCAGAGGUUGCUGAAUGCAGUGCUAUCCACCCGUGCUGAUGGGGACUUGGCUGAGGGUGAUGUGUUGAUCGCCAUAGACGGAGGGCGUGAACAAGACUGGGCAGCAAAAAACAUCAUCAAAUUCCUGCCAUCGAAGAAGUACGAGACUUGCAAACACACCAUUUGUUACACCUUUGACUCUGUGGAGAAGAGAAUGGAGCGUGCCAGCAAGAGCCCAUUGUCUUUGUUUGAGAGUGCAUGGUUCAUCAGCCACAAUGAACUUAGCAUCAAGGUGCAGCCGCGACUAGUCACGUCGGGCAAUACGCGUGGCAAUGUCCUUGGGCCUUUCACCAAGCCUUCAUGGGUAGAUGGCACAGAGACAUGGCUCCUUCCAGCCACAGUGAAGAGGGCUGUUUUUGGCAAGGACAACCUGCCAUUGCCUGGAGGGGCGUGCCCGGUGGAACACGAGAAGGAGGCGGCGCCCAAGAGCGCAGAACUUGUCCCGGUGUUCUUUCACGAUUCACCACAAAGCGUCUCUGCAGAGCUUCUUCACUAUGUCCAAGGUCGGGCAGUGAUCGAUAUGACGCCUGGCACGGGGCAUUGGGCUUUGCAGUGCAUCAGAAAGCGUGUGCCUUACUGUGGCUUUUGCUUGUCAGAGAAGCAUCGCGAGCUCCUUCAGAAGAAGUUGAUCUCACGAACAUUGGCAGCAAUGAGUGAUCCCGCUGAUGAGACGCUCUACGACGCGGGUUUUGCCAAGGCUGUCAAGGACCUGACGGAGCAGAACAAGAAACCCGGAGAUGAAGACAUGGAGGCUGAGGGCAAAAAGAAUCGCAAGAACAAGGACAAGAACGCUCAAGGAGGUGGCCCAGAAAAGAAGGCGAAGACUGAACCAAAGCCGCCGGCUGAGCCCAAAGGCGGCCCAAAGCCUAAGCCUACUCCCAAGCCUAUGCCUGCAGCCGGCGGCGACGAUGAUGCUGCUCGUGAGGCCUUGUUGAAGAGGAUCUCGGAGGCUGCCAGCGCCGCUUCUUCGGGUGAGGCUCCCGUUGAGGAGUGA